AUGUUGCUUUUAGCGGCAGGGUUAAUCCUCGUCGCUGAGGGCUAUAAUGAUUUCCAUAGACGAUUCGACCAACGACAGCCAAACCACAACGACUUCGAGCGACAGUGGAGCCAAAAUGGCCGGCAGGGCAGUGCACCGAUGAACAAGAACUUCUACCCGAAUAAAAACGCCAACAACGACCGUCCUUUCCACCCAAACCCUCACCAUGGGCGAGCUGCUGAUCACUACCACGAUCGUCAACCAUUCCAUUCGAAUCAGUUUCGACCAAACGAUUUCGACUUUUUCGACCAGGCGCUUUUUGAAAAUUGGAGACUCUUUCAAGUCGCAGAGAGCAAUUUUUGGAUGAACAGUGGACGAAAUAACAACACUGAUGAUCUCCUCGCUACGUGGAAUGGAAAGUGGGACAAGCAAAUCAACAAAGAUUUCCAAAAAUGCGCUGAUGGAAAAACAAUUGAUCAAGACACGAUUGCCUCUUGCGAAUGGAAAGACACAAACUUUUUUUCUCAAUUCGCUGCGCGAUUCAUCACCAAAAAUUUCGAAAAAUUCGAUGUCAACGGCGACAAGGCUCUUGUAAAAAGCGAGUUCAAAAAAGCCUUUGCUGGCUUCUACGCAAACGUCGGUGCAACUCUCGUCGACAUCUUUGAUUUUGACCACAACGACGUCCUGGAGUAUUCUGAGAUCUUCGAAAUGUACCACAACAUGCGUUUUCUAUUCAAAGUCGACAAGAACAGCUUCUACGAGAUCAGCUCUCACGCCAACUAUGACAACAACAAGAACAGCUUUUCGAAGGCUGAAAUGAGCGAGUUUGCAAUUAUGCUGGCCAACCGGUAUCUUAUUGAGCGUGCUACUGGCUUUUAUACAGGAGCCGUGGCAAAUGAUGCAUCAUUGUACCGCGGUGGCUUUUGGGCGAAUACGAGUCGCCAAAUGCUGGAAACACCAUCGUUGUAA